UAGGAUGCUUCAGUAUUCUAGUGUGGCCUUGUUGUCUUUCGGCUUCACAGCACUGGUCAUCAUCACAGUAACCGCUAUGAUUCACUAUGGCCCUCUAGACGCGGCCGAGCGGAAUAGAGUUCUAGAGAUGAGAUCAGUACGUCGUAAAAUCAAAGUAACCCUAGACAAACACAACGACGGAAUUGAAGACAGGUCGUCUUCAGCACCAAACCUUCUCUAUCACAAUCAACACGAGAAGCCAUUGUCGUGCAACAACAAUUACUCGCUGUGGCGACAGCAGGUGGAAUGUAACGCCAAGAAGCCGCUUCUAACAUGUAAACGUCACAAGGGGCGUGGCGUGUACGUUGCUCUAGCUGACGACACUUUCGCUCAAAUCAGCAAAUAUUUGUACAACAAAUCGUGCGCUCUUGUCGGUUCAUCGUCUCUGCUGCUCAAUCGAUCGUACGGAAGUGACAUCGACAGUCGUGAUCUCGUUGUACGAAUCAAUGAUGCUCCAAUCAGAGGAUAUGAGAAAUAUGUAGGGAGUCGAAUAGCCGAUGUGAUAAUUACCAGUGCAGGUAGAGCAAUGAGCAGAUGUCCAAGUACAGUAAACAAUCGGACACUAAUCGUUAGAUGCUGGUAUGGCUACAACCCAGCAGAAGUGAAGGAUUGCAAGAAGAGAUUUUCACUUCCAGUCUAUUCCAUCUCCCCAUACCUCACUUCAUUCACUAAAGACGUAUUGAAAGAGUACAAACUAAAGCGUUUCAAGGACAAACGUUAUUCGGCACCUACUUCAGGGGUGUAUGCUACUGUGUUUUGUCUCAACUUUUGUCGAGAACUUCAUCUGUAUGGAUUUGGCUAUACUAGAGGUCAAGCAUACUCAUACUACCGCAAUUCGAAACCACGAGAAGCAACAAGACACGAUUUUAGAACAGAACGUUUCCUAAUUCACGAUAUAUCAAAUGGUAAUGCAACCCAAAAACUGGAGGACAUUCCUGAGUUUAGCUGUAGGAGAGUGUACCUACAUACAUAGCUAUAGAUUGCUCUAGAUUGAAUUAUAUGUGAUGGUUAUGAUAAUCACAUGCAGAAUCUAUAUCUAUAGCGUUGGAAAAAUUGGAAGUCUGACAGAAUU